GCUGGACUCGGGGCGAAAGGGAAGCAGAACUAUCUCUGCAGUGUGUGAGCUUGAAAGCAAUGGAGGGCGCUAUCUACAUCAAACUUCGUGUCGAGCUUCCGUUCCGUAACACAAAUCAAGUCCGUAGUGCCUCCAUAUAUCCCAUUCCGUCCCGGAACAACAUCUGCUACGAAACUUGCUGUACUUUUCCUUCCCGCAACCCAUUUCUGCGAUUGCCCAGCUGUAGCAAACGUGAUGGAGCAUAGACUGGCCGAGUUCCGAGCCCAGAGGAGAAUGCAGCAACAGACCGUACAGGGAUCUGGGACGAAGGGGAAAGAUGAAGCCGUAAAGGGAAAAAAGGAAACGCCACAAACGAAUGCUGUGUUUGACCCACCCGAAGAGUGGAACGAAACAGGAAAUGUUGCUGCACAGCAGGAGGCCAGCUCUCAGUGGCGUUGGCUGCAAGACAGCGUUCUGGGGCAGUUCCUGGGCUCGGAGCGCCUGGCUGUAACAAACCUGACCUUCCUGAAGGUGCUGCUGUGGUUGGUGCUGCUGGGUCUGUUUGUAGAGCUGGAGUUCGGCCUGGCGUUCUUCGUGCUGUCCCUGUUCUAUUGGCUGUAUGAGGGCACGCGCGACUCUUCACAGAGACGCAGCGGGGAGCCCAGUGCCUACUCCGUCUUCAACCCAGGAUGCCAGGCCAUCCAGGGCACACUGACCGCAGAGCAGUUCGAGGGCGAGCUUGGCUACAGACCUUUUGCCAACAGAUAACCACCAGCAAAGAGAUACCAGAUUGUACUGGUCAACUGUACCGAGUUAAACAUUAGACUUUUGUAUGCAUUAAUGGACAUUUAACCAACCCCCCCCCCCCCAGAAAAAAAAACAGAAAAAACAGAAAAAAAAACACAUCUGACACAAAGGGCCAAAAAUACUUGGCUUUCAAAAGACAGCAGUAAGUAUGGUGCAAACUGUGGUACAACUCAUUUGAGUGUAGAAAAGUGUAAACUGAAAUUCUAUGAAGGAGCUUUAUUUAUUUUUAGACCUCAGAUGUUUAUUAAAUCUCUGCACCAUCAACAAAUUAUAAUUGCUUUAACAAGUUCUCUCUAUUUGUCAGAGAAUGCAUUUGUUAAAUCUUGCAGUAGCUUAUUCAUACCAACAGAUGGCAAUACACUACACUUAAUGUGUAUGUUAUUUCUACAUGGUUUAAAUAUGAAAUGUGUAGUUUUUGUUUUAUUUAUUAUGACAGUUUCCCCUUUCUGUAGUAAAGUAAGUAAAAAGUGACUGUCUUCUGGAACCACAAUGAACUGUAUUUCACUCUGUGUAAAUCUGGUGCACAGGUCUCAAGAUGAUGAUACUGUACAGUACAAUACUUGUUUUUUACAUUAAACCAUCCAGACCUGCUAUUCAGCGUAUUGUUUCUGUGUGAUCAGUACAUUAUAUCACAAAGCCUGGGCCAGUCAUGUGUUAAGACUCCUAACGCUCAAUGACUGCUGUGUGAACACGGGAGAAGGAUUGUAUGUCUGUCAUCAUUUCUGAUUACAUUCAAACCCUGCUUAUGAAUUAUGUUUAUCUGACAUCCUUGUAAUUUUCAAAAAGAUUUUAACAUGUAUUUUAUUUAUUACAGUUACCCAUUCUUUAUCUCAUUCCAUUUCUGUCAAAUCUACUGUACAUCUGCAAGUUGAGCCUUUGGCUCAUUAAAAUUCAGUAAAGCAAUUCGAGUGCAUCAUUGCUGUCAAAUACAUGUAGUUUUUAGUUUUAGUUCAAUUUUUUUUUGUUCUUGUAUUUUAAAGUGUAUGGGGUGUGGGAGAUGAAGCAAAAUAACCCAAUGAUAAGAGGGCUCUAAUAUCUGGUAAAGUGCUAUUAAAUGUUUUUAGUUGAU